GGGCGCUCCUCAGUCGCGAAGGCAGACUCGGUCGGCACCGUCCGUACCGUACCGUACUCCUCGAUGGCCGUAAGGCCGUUCCGAUAGCCCUCGCACGGGACACGUCCAGGAGUGACAAGACGUCGGGCCGAGAUCGAGGACGGCGAUUGCGUUAGGGGACAGGUCCUCUGGUUUCCAGUUCUUCUGGUCCUUUGUCCACGUCGCCAGCUGGUUGGUUGCCCCGCAGAGAGAGAACCAUACAAGACAAGCGGUGGCGUGCUCCGUUUUGCCCGAAACUGUGUCAUCGGUGAAAAGGAAAAUCGGCCGCUUCUCGAGACCGCUGUGCGACACCUUUAACUGCAGUGAACUGUGGUUGUUGCUUUCCUGGACCUUGUUCGCGAUCCUCGAAGACAUCAAGUUAAGUUCCUCGGGGUUAAGUUGUGCUGUUUCCUUGAGGAGAUCCCGGCAAAACAUCGUGUCCUCUCGUCCUGUGGUUGUUCUGACCGUGAAGAUGUGUAGUAGUCGGCAGAUGUGUUGACAAGGAGGGAAAAGUUUAGUGGUGGUGGUGUGUUCGUCAUCUGGAGUUCUAGCAUGCGGGACUCCCAGGGGCGGCAGCGGACUACUACCGUCGAGUGUUACCAGCUCCGGACACUGAAGGCAUCGAGAUGAAGCUCACAUCCGGCGGGAUGCUGACCCCGACGGUGCUUCUGCAUGGAUUACUCGUGCUGCUGAUUGCCCCCGUUAGUCGGGUGCGGGGAGUGACCCAGCUGACGUUACACCUUCCGAGCGAGUACACGAGCUUGUCGAACGGCGAGCUGCGCGUGGACUACACGCCUCCCACGGGGGACCCCAGCCCCAACUUCACCUUCCCCGCGACGGAUUCCGUCGAGGGGGUACCCAUCGACGACGUCCUGCCGGGCACCGACUACACAUUCCACCUGUAUCUCAGCAAUGCCACCGUCAGCAACCACAAGCUAUGGACCACCGUCAUUGAAACAGAACCGGAUGCUCCGACCAACCUGUCCAUCAAGGUGGACACAGGGAAAGUGGCACACGUCUACUGGGAGCCGCCAACGGUGGGCAAGAAAACGGGGUACCGACUGGCGAUCCAGCCGCUUUCGGAGACUGACGAAGCGUCCGACCGGAGCAUCCACCUUGGCGAAGAGAACCCUCCCUACACCCUGAGAGACCUCACGCCCGGAGGAACGUACCAGGUCCAGCUCUUCAGCGUCUACAAGUCCAAGGAGUCCCUGCAGCCCGCCACCGCAAACUUUACCACGAAACCCAAUGCCCCCGGCCGCUUCAUCGUGUGGUUCCGCAACGAGACCACGCUUCUGGUCCUGUGGCAGCCCCCCUACCCCUCUGGCAUCUUUGACCAGUACCUCGUCAGCAUCGUCCCAGAGGAUGCGUCCCAGUCCAUCUUGUACGUGGACAAGGAGGGCGAACCGCCCGGUCCGGCACAGGCACCCUUCUAUGGGCUCGUACCCGGAAGGGCCUACAACAUCUCUGUGCAGACCAUCAGUCAGUCGCAGAUUAGCGCGCCCACGGAAGCACAGUAUCGAACAGUCCCCCUUCCGCCCACCAACGUGACCUUCGACAAGGACAAGGUGAACUCGCGGUCCUUCGAAGUGAGCUGGUCGCCGCCCAAGUCCUUCUCGGAGUUUGACCGCUACCAGGUGGCGCUGAGCGUGCGGCACUCGCUGCGGCAGAUUGUGGGCAAGGACGAAGAGUGUGUGGCCAGCUUCGACCAGGACUUGGAGCCGGGCCACACCUACGAGGUCAUGGUCAAGACGGUCAGCGGCAAUGUGGCCAGCUGGCCGGUCAUGGGCAACAUCACCACCCUUCCACUGCCUGUGGAAGAGCUGAAUGCAACGUAUGGCAGUGCGGGAGAGAUUCUAGUCCGGUGGAAGCCCAACAAUGCAAGCCUCCAAGAUUCCUACCUGGUCAAGUACAAUGAACUGGAGUCCUUCAGCAGUGACAGCGUAGAGACCGCAAAGAAUAACUCCAUCCGACUCAGGGGUCUGCUCCAGGGCCGAAACUAUUCCAUCAGCGUGCUGGCAGUCAGCAAGGGGGUCUCCAGCAAGCCAACUUUCGUCUACCAGGCCACAAGGCCAGCGUCCCCCGUCAUCGAGGCACUGGAGCCCGUGGGUCAGCACAUGAACGUGUCGUGGAAGUCGGACGUGACCAGCAGGCAGGACUCGUUUGCGGUGGUCUUUGUGCGCAACGACACCAACGACCGUCGGCAGGAGGACACCAAGCAGAACUGGCUCCUGCUGAGCAACCUCUACCCGGGCGCCAGCUACCAGAUCAGGGUGUACGCGGUCAGCCACGGGCUCUGGUCAGAGCCCCACUCCUACUACCAGACCGUCUCACCAAGGCCACCGCAGAACCUCCAAAUUGCAAAAGCCAGCAACUCCACCAUGAUCCUAACGUGGAGUGCUCCAGCAAACUCGCUGGUGGAUCACUAUGCCGUGCGGUACCGACCAGUGGAAUCCUCCUUCUGGAGAGAAUUCGGCAUCGUUAACACAACCUCUACGGAAAUAGAUGACCUCAUUGCUGGGGAACGCUACGUCGUGCGAGUUGCCACCGUUAGCAACAAAGUGGAGAGCAUCGAAACACAAGACCUGGAGCAAACCCUCUAUCCAAAUGCGAUCAAGCACGUAAGGCACUUCUUGGACUCCCAGAACAUCACCUUCGAGUGGAUGGUGCCGACAGGUCGUGUGGACUACUACAUCAUUGUCUACAAUCCCGUGAGAGAUUCGCAGGCGCAAAAGUCACACCAGGUGCCCGCCAACACGACGCGCACGGGUGACAACAUCAACGUCAUCAUUGAGAACCUCAAGCCAGGAGAGCUGUACGCUUUUCGCCUCUAUGCCGUCAGCCAUGACGUUCGAAGCGAGGGGAUCGGGGUACAGACGAGGACCAUGCCCGUCAUCGACUCGGUGAUCAACAUUGUGGCGGACGAGCACGAGACCCGCACCCUUGGCAUCAAAUUCACACCGACGCCGCAGCGUCACGUGGUGUUUGACCGGUAUCGGUUCCAGCUGAGCGACACGGGCAUCCCGGCCCAGGAAAAGCUGUCCAACGACACCAACCGCCUGGUGCUGUUCGACAACCUCGUGCCGGGCCGCUUCUACAACAUCAGCAUCUGGACCAUCAGUGGCGGCGUCUACAGCGUCCCCAUCUACCGCCACACCAGGCUCUUUCCGGACCCGGUGAAGGACAUCAAGGCCCUGACGGUGACGGACACGGCCAUCUCGCUGGUCUGGGAAAGUGCCACGGGGGACCGGGACGGCUACGAAGUGCAGUACCUGGACCACCGGGGCACCCUGGUGCAGAACUUCACUCUCACCGAGCGCAUCUCCCACACCCAGCUGCGGCCCCACCACAACUACACCUUCGUGGUGGCCGUCAUGAGCGGCUACGACACCUCCACCGUGCGACGCAGCCUCCCCGUCUCCCGCACCUUCCAGACCCUCGAGUCGGUGCCCGGCAAGGUGCAGACCUUCGGGCCCUAUGAACUGAAACCGAGCGAAAUCGUGCUGCAGUGGACGUUGCCUUCGAGCGAACAGAACGGCGUGCUGACGGGCUUCAAAAUCACUUACUACAUGAAGGGUUCCUUGACCUACCGCCACAAACUUUUCGACCCAACCGAGACGAGGGGCACUAUUUCCAACCUCAUUCCAGGACGGACCUACGUUUUCGAGAUUCAAGCUCACACUAAGAUUGGACCAGGAGGCAAGGGGAAAUGGGAAGAAACCAUGCCAAUCUGGGCCCCGCCCCGGCCCAACGAUUCAGUCUUCCCGACAUCCGUGAGCCACACCUCGACGACGAUUCGCGUGGUGUUCCGCAAGAACUACUUCACCAACAGCCACGGGCCGAUCCACGCCUACACGCUCAUCGUUGCCGAGGACGACUCCAAAGAGUCCAACUUUGCAAACAUGCCCACCUGGUCCGACGUGCAGAGCUACCACAACUGGCCGCCUUAUCAGGUGACGGAGCCGUACUACCCUUUCAACGGCACCCUGACUGAAGACUUCACCAUUGGAUCCGAAGACUGCAAGACUGACAAGGGGUACUGCAACGGGCCACUGAAAGCUGGCUCAUCCUACAGAGUCAAAGUGCGCGCUUACACCGCCCCGGACAAGUUUACCGACACCGUGUACUCCUAUCCCAUACAAACAGAUCCAGACAACACUCCGCUGAUCGCCGGAAUCCUCGUGCCCCUCUCCCUCCUCCUCAUCCUCGCGCUCCUCCUUGUGGUUCUUCGCCGACGGAGGGUCGGACCGUUUGCACUCCAUCGCGCAAGCGACCCUCACCGGACCAAGGACGAUGCCGUGUCCAUUCCCGAGAGCGAGAUGGUCACCAGCCGCCCCGUAAAGCUCAAGGACUUCCUCGACCACUACCGCAUCAUGUCCGCAGACUCGGACUUCCGCUUCUCCGAGGAGUUUGAGCUGCUGAAGCAUGUCGGAAGGGACAAGCCCUGCGGGGCAGCGGAUCUUCCGGUGAACCGGCCCAAGAACCGCUUCACCAACAUCUUGCCGUACGAUCACUCGAGGGUGAAGCUCCUGCCGACGGAUGACGAGGACGGGUCAGACUACAUCAACGCCAACUACAUUCCCGGUUUCAACUCUCCAAGGGAGUUCAUCGUGACCCAGGGGGCACUGCACAGCACCCGGGACGACAUGUGGCGCAUGGUGUGGGAGCAGAACUGCCGCGCCAUCGUCAUGCUCACCCGCUGCAUUGAGAAGGGCCGCGAAAAGUGCGACCACUACUGGCCCUUCGACACCCAGCCGGUGUACUAUGGCGACAUCCAGGUCACCAUCCUCAACGAGUCCCAGUACCCGGACUGGACCAUCUCGGAGUUCAAGGUCUCCAGGGGCGACCAAUCCCGAAUAGUCAGACACUUUCACUUCACGACGUGGCCGGACUUUGGGGUGCCCGAUCCUCCGCAGACGCUGGUGAAAUUUGUCCGAGCAUUCAGGGAAAGAGUCAUUCCCGACACCAAGCCAAUCACGGUCCACUGCAGUGCUGGAGUGGGUCGGUCUGGGACCUUCAUAGCUCUGGACCGGAUCUUACAAGGCCUGCGGAAAUAUGACACCGUGGACAUCUUUGGCAUAGUCUACGAAAUGAGGCAUGAGAGGGUCUGGAUGGUCCAGAAUGAGCAACAAUACAUCUGCAUCCACCAGUGCUUAAUGUGUGUGCUCGAAGGGAAGGAGGACAUUUUGGACUCUCCAAGACCCGAAGCUCAUGACAAUCAAGGUUUUGAGGAUGACGAGGGAAUCGCCGAAUCUGGAAUAUAGCCAUAAAGACCCCCAUCCCCCAAGAAGAUCCUCUCUCCCACUGCAAGUCAAAGUCAGGUGCCGAGGAGUUUGGCACUUUUGGUUCUUGGAUCCUACGGAGCUUCUACCCCGCUCCUCUCAAGAACGAUGUACAUACUACUUCGGGAUAUUUAUGAGAACAAGGCUUUGGAAGGCACAAUGCACCAGUAUUGAAGACCACGGAAAGACGCCAAGGAAGAGAAGCGUGGCAGCGUGGAUGGAGAUACUCAAGUGAAUCGCAAGUUGCAAUAACGACCCCAGAGCAACUCGGCCUCGUUUUUCUGUUGUUGUUUUGUCCUACGUUCAGAAGGUCGUGGACAUGCUUUCCAUACUUUGGUUGGUCCGCGACAAGGAUUGCUGACGGAAGGUCAAGCAGCCGGUGUGUACAUAUGUGGACAAAUGUGUUUCGUGCACGACGUCUCUUGGUACGGUUAGACUGUUUGUUCCUUCGUUGUUGUUUUUUUGUUUUUUUGCGGUGUGACAUGUUUUUUCUGAAGUGCAAUUAAUUGAGUAUGUCGAGGCGCUGCAUCAUCUAUAGGUCCGAGCCGACGUUUUGAUGUUGACGUGCCUUUUGUGUUGGCGGCUCUACAGGGAAGCAAGGUUGGAACAAGCGCACCAAGGUAUUCCUUUGCAGGUUACGCUGAGACAGAAGAGAAUUCCUAAUACACAACUUUGGUGCCUACCUUUUUUUCAUUUUGUUUCUAGGAGUCUGAACGUUUUGGCACCGUAGCGUUGCGAUUCCUACUAUAUAUUUCUGAGAAGGCUAGGGUUGAACAGAAAUACUCAGGUGUGCAAGUAGCCAGAUGUGAACAAGUGUGUCAGUAGGUGAAAGAAAAUAUUGCGAGGUAGCUUAAACGGUCUCCAGAAGUAACUACUUAUCCAAGUUUCAAGAGGAGUAGUCUUUGAAACUUGCGAGUAGCAAGUAUAAAAUUAGCAUACUAAGCCGUCUUCCAUAUAAAAAAAAAAAGACACAGAAGCAGCAAAAUACUUCCACUACAAAAGAAAUAUGGCCCGAAGAUAUGUGGCCAUAGGUCUGCAAUUCAUUUUCACUCAUCGUAAAUACUGGGGUAAAUGUUCAAUCAUUGAGACAUUGUCAGAUAUAACUGCAACACUGUUGCAUUUUCUUUGCGACCUUUGUAACUUGGAACAAACCAAGAUGCCAAAUCCUACUCAAGUGAAACAAACGAGUCACAAAGCAUGUGUAUAUAUGACAGUAUGUAUCUGGAUGCAGCAUAUCAAAAUGACAUUUCUAUGUACUAUAUGUAGUAUAUAUAUAUACACAUAUAUAUACUAGAUCAUACAGUGACUAGACCAAUCGCCAUGCUUGUCUUCAGGCCUAGAGUAGUGGUGCCGUGAGCUCCUAAAGCAAUGUGCAUGAAUGCAGUGUACUCCUACACAGUCCUCAAAAUAUAGUGCCAAUGUAAUAAUACCACAAAUUUGUUUCCUAAGUACUGAGUGCUUCUGAAGAGAUGUAUCGUACACAGUCUUGAGCUGUUCUUCGUUGGAAUGAAUAUGUGCACUAUUUUGUCAAAGUGACAUAACUUAUUUUUUAUAAUUUAUCAGCAACUGUCCGCUCUUGAGGCAUCUUAAUUUUUGUUAUAUUAGGAAUCUUCUGUCUCCACUAUUCCGUAAUGGAAUUUUUAUGUUAAUAACAAUAAAGAUAUUCCAACGAUGGUA